CUUAUAAGUACAAGUUGUUUUCGAUAUGACAUUUAAUUAUUUUUGGUUUUAAUCUUCACUACACUUUCUUAAAAAGCCGCUGUUUUUAUCAAUAUAUUGUUUCCAUUCAUGCAUGACUACCCCAGAAUUUUCUUGUGCCCCUCCCCGAAUUUCCCAGGCUAGAAUUGCCCCUGGAAAAAUCGGAUGUUUUGCAAGUUUUUAAUGCAAAAUAAUUAGCAAUGAAUUUGACCAUAUUCUCAAUUUAGAAAACCUUUCGUGGUUUAUGUGACAUAGUUUAUUGGAAAAAAGCGACAGCACGUUCACAAAAAAGAAGCUGGAAAACUCCGUAUAGAAUGAUUCUGGGAAAUAUUUCUUUACUUGGAUGGUUGCACAUUUUUAAGGUGCUUGGGUUUGUUUAUUAAGGACAGUCUGUCGCGUUUCUUAUCGGUUCUCUAAACGAAUUUCUGACACCAUUGAAAUAUUUCAACCAAGCAAGUCAAAGUGCAGCUCGAAGGGUGAAUUACACCUUUUUUCGUUUAUAAGAAACUGAUUUAUAAGAAACUAGUACUAGGACGCACAAAAAUUUAAGAAACUUUAGUACUAGGCUCAAGAAAAAGUAAAAAACUGUAAAAUUUUAAGGAAAUUGUCCAGAAGUUUUUAUUUUCUUGAUUCUUCUUUGGAAGCAGUAGCAUAAUUUGGAUCUUGAACUGCUAGGGGUCUUUUCGCGACGAUCUGCGUUUAUAUUAUUCCUGCUCAACUUCAAAACAAUAAGGAAAUUCAAGCUCCCGAAAUAAGAAACAAACUAAGAAAUUUUGGUACUAAAACGCCAAAACUUGGAUGUCAAACUCGGAAACUUUAUAACUUAGUGUUGAUCCAAGUUUCUUGUAAAAUAAAACAAUGUCUAGCCAGGAAUUUCUGACGAGGCAUAUUGACAAAAAAGGCAUAGUUAAUAACGCAAAGAUAAACUUGUCCGCGUAUUACUCGCUAAAGAUUUCUUCUAAAAUACAUUCGUUGGACUUAACAAUGCCGAAUGCCAAAACCACGGGAGGUAGACACUAGAACGAGGCGUGACUAUGAGGCACUUCCCAGUUGUCCCACCAUUGCAGGACGCUCUUGCAUGGUGCAACCUGGGUCUAAAGUAAUUCACCUUUCUGGGUUUGACUUCAGCAUGGAAGGAAAGAAAGUUGUUAUGUCUUUGGAGAAUAAGCUCUUGUUAACCUCAAGGCUGCAAGGGAGCGGGUUGUUACAGUCAAAAUUAGAGCUAGGCCAUCAUCGACAAAGCUACAAAACGGAUGUUCCUGGUGUCUACGAUAAACCUACUCAUCGAGAACUCGGUGGCGACUCGAGAAAUAAAACAAGGCCAGCAACAAGCUUGAAUAAUGAUCUUUUGCGAAGCAGUGUUGCAAAGCAAUUGACAAAAAACAAGCUCUUAGGGCAAACCAGUUACAGUCAUAAACAUGUGUCUGAGAAAAAGAAGCCAGCAAAAGUGUCUAGUCUAGAGAAAAAUGCCGAUAAAUUGCAGCAUUCAAGUGAAACAAGAGUCACUAAAACCUUACUUCAAAACAAAAGGCUUGAAAAGCCUGUCGCAUCUAAAGGUUUGGCAGAGAAGAGUUUGACAACUAAUUUCUUGCUGAGGUCAUCAAAUUCAAUCAAAACAAUGGGAAUACAAAGACAAACAAUCGAUACAAACAGUAAAAAUAUAAACUUCCAUUUGAAACCUAAAGCUUUAUUGGCAACCAAAGAAAAGCAUUCAUAUCAACCUGGUCCAACAGCUCUAUUACAGAGCAAAGGUGAUAUUAGAGACAAGGAUGCUGCUGUUGAACAGAUCAUAUGCAUAAAGGAAGUUCCUCUCGUAAAGCCAAUAUAUAAACUUGCAUUUGAUGAUGAAGAUCCGUCUAGAGAGUUUUUAGGAAGAAAUAAUGCCAGCAGUUUCAAAAACAUAAGUUUCAAAGAUCCAUCUGCAGAGAAGGAAAGACUGGCUGUUCAGAAAUGCAAGACUGAGCUGCUAGAUGUUGCUUCUUCUUCUAUGAUAAAGCAACCUGACUUCUAUGCCAAAAAUGAUAACUUCAGGGUGGAAUUGUUACAAUCUGUUCAUCAGGUGAAAGAUUUUGAUCCAGAGUUCAUUUUAAAGAUUGCUAUCUAUCUGAGAAAGGAACUUAAUAUCAGAACUGGUACAAAUUUUGUUUUGGCCUUAGCUGCAUUUCACAAAGAGUGCAGACCAUUUUUGAGACGAUAUUUUAGUUCAGCAAUCGUGCUCCCAUCAGAUUGGAUUGAAGUUGCUGAGUUAUAUCAAACACUUCAUGACAAGAACAUAAACUUUGGGUCCUUGCCAACAGCUUUAAGGAAAGUAAUGCUGGAAAAGUUCAUUGCAUUUGAUCAAUAUCAGUUGGCCAAAUAUAACAAAGAAAGGUCAAGACUAAGGAAAGACAAAGCAUCUAAGAAGAAGAUGAAUCAACCAAAGAGGAAAAUAUACCCUUCUGUAACAACUGAAUCUACUUCAUCUGAAUCUACUUCAUCUGAUUCUGAGUCAUCUGAUUCCGAGUUGUCUGAAUCUGAAAUAAUGGAAGACGAAUCUGAGUCAGAUGAGGAAAUUCAAAGAAAGUCAUUUACACUGAAACAGUUAAUUCGAAAACUGCACAUUUCAAACCCUGUCUAUCCAGUGAUGUGUCUUGUGGGGAAAAAGUAUCCAUCAACUGUUGACGAAUUUCGACGUUCAGGACUGGAAGGGAUAUGGGAAGAGGAGAAAGCUGGUAAAAGAAUGAAAUUGCCAAUACCAGAAACAUGGGAAACGCAGGUUGCUCUCAAAGGAAAUAAGGCAUCCACAUGGGAACAGUUGCUCGAUCACAACAAGCUUCCAUUUAUGGCAAUGCUGCGUAAUCUCAGAAACAUGCUGCAAGCAGGAAUCAGUACGAAACAUCAUAACAUUAUACUGAAACGACUGACAAACGAGGAAACUGUAAUCCGAAGCAAACAGUUCCCAUUUAGAUUCUUUUCUGCAUAUGACGUCAUAAACGAUUUGGACGAAAAAUAUAAAAUGUGGGAGCAAAAAGCAAUAAAUGGUGAAUUAACCGAUCAGCCUCCGCCUGUUUACGCAAGAGGUCGUGCAAGAGGUCGCGGACGUGGUCGCGGAAGAGGCAGAGGUGGCCGUGGGCGUAGUCAGAUGAUAUCUCAGUUAAGUGAUCUCAAAUACGAUUCGGAUCUGAUACAAAAGUACAGAAAGGCUCUUGACAAGGCAGUGAGAAUAUCAUGUAUACACAACAUAACUCCUAUGCCAGGAUCUUCCAUCAUUAUUUGUGACGUCGAAAGCAGCCUUGAUGAACCAUGCUCCUCCGCAAAGUCAUUCGGCAAAACAAAAACGAUUCUUGAGGUUGGACUUCUUUUGGGAUUGAUGGCAAAGUACAGUUGUGAGGAAUGCAAACUCUUAUUUUUUCUCAACGGAAAGUUUGUCUUGCAUGAAAUCCAAAACCAAGACACCAUGUUGACCAAUUUACUCAACGCAAUUGAAAAAGUAAAGCUUAUGCGCUCUGAGAAUAAUGGAGAAGACAUCAAAGAUUAUUUCUGGAAACUGAUUAGCGACCAAGUCAAGGUUGACAAUCUGAUGAUUUUAAGCAAUUUCAACCAUAGUUCAGUAAAAGAAUUCUGGCAGUUCUUAGCAACUGUUUUUGUCGAGAAGUACCGUCUGUUUGUUAACUCAGAAAUGUUGCUAGUUGAUGUGAACAUUGGAGCUGGGGGAAAUUUCGGAGGUCCUUCUACAAGGCCAUCCCCAUCACCGAAGAAUAUUUCGAUUGAUUCAUAUAGCGAUCAGAUAUUGAGGUUUGUUACAGAGAAAGGCAACAACACGCUAUUGAGUCAUGUCGAUAACAUCGAUCUCGCCUAUAACCUACGGGACAUCAAGAUAUCGGGGAAAAGACCAAUCAAGCUAUCCACAAAUGAAAUUCAAUUGUCACCAAUAAUCGAGAGAAGCUCCCCUUGGUGGAAAAGUGUUCGUGUUUUUAUAUCAUCUACGUUUCGAGAUAUGCACGGAGAACGGGACCUGCUCACCAGAUAUGUUUUCCCUGAACUCCGAGCGCGUGCAAUGCAGCAUUUCAUUAAUAUAUACGAAAUCGAUUUGCGAUGGGGAAUCACGGAGGAGCAAGCAAGAUCAGAGAACCAAGUGGAGAUUUGUCUCUCUGAAGUGCUGAGGUCAGAUAUCUUUAUUGGAAUUGUCGGUGGACGAUAUGGCUGGAUCCCAAGCGACGUUGAUUUGGACAGGAUUCCAGGAUGCGAGCGAUUGCAUGGACACUGCGAAGGCAGAUCGAUCACAGAGCUUGAAAUGAACCUUUUUGCACUUACUAGAGUCAAAGAUGUUGUCGGUCGGGCAUUCUUCUACUUUAGAGAUCGAAGCUUCAUGAAAGAUGUUCCAGCAGAGUAUGUCACCGAAUUUACCACUGACAAUGUGGAUUCGCUGCAUAAGUGGAAGGCAUUGAAAGAAAACAUAAGGAAAAGUGGACUUGAACAGUCAAAGUACUCUUGCUCUUGGGGUGGUGUUGUUGAUGGAAAACCAAUUGUGACAAAUCUGGAGAAGUUUGGUAAUCUUGUACUGAACAAUGUGUGGACUGCGGUUAAGAAUAAUUAUAUGAAUGAGACCACUGAUUUAGAAGAUAGCGUCAACCCCCAUGAUGCAUUUGCUGAAAAAGCCGCGGAACAUUUCGUCGGUCGAAAAUCUGCAUUGAAACAGAGCCUCGAAAUAAUCGCAACAUGCGCCAGAACCAAGUGUGGCGUUUUGAUGAUCACCGGGAAAAGCGGUUGUGGCAAAACCUCUUUUAUGGCAAAGCUAUAUAAGGAUGUUUCUGGUGAAAAGAGUUCAUGUCCUUGCUUUUUUGCGGAUGCUGUUCCUGACAAGAGAAACAUCCAUGACUUAGUGAAACAUCUUUUUGUUUCAAUUUUGCCACAUGUGGAUAAACCAAGAGAUAUUCCAGAAUCCUUCAAAGACCUUCAGAGUGAGUUUUCUCUGUUGCUUGAAGAUGCAAGCAGAAUAGCUGAAACAGAUGAAUUGAUGAUUUUCAUUGAUGGCAUCGAUCUUGUUGAGACACCGGCAAAGGUAUCGCUACUCGGCUGGUUGCCCGAUCCCGUUCCAAAGGGUAUUUGCUUUGUCAUUUCCUGUCAUCAAGACGGACUCUGUGCACAAACACUACAGUCAAGGAAGAAAGGUGUUGAAACUCUUCGAAUCGGGGCGCUGGAUAUGAUGGAAAGGGUUGAAUUCGUGAGGCGACUUUUGAAGAAGCACAGGAAGGAGCUUGAUGAAUCAGCCUUUAAUAAUCAGAUGAAAAUGUUGGUAUCAAAGCGUGAAGCAAAUCUGCCAAUUUUUCUCAAACUUGCCUGCGAAGAACUUCGAUUCUUUGGAGUUUAUGAGAUGGUUUCCGACCAUUUGCGGACAUUGGCCCAAACAGUGCCUAUGCUCCUCCAGAGUAUCAGUAACAGGCUGGAAAGUGACCAUGGGAAAGACCUAGUAUCGUGGUCGCUGAUGGUGUUAUUCGUCAGCAGACAAACUCUAUCUGAAGACGAGCUGUUUGACAUAAUAUGCUGUUUGGAGCACUGCAAAAAAGUAUCCAUUAAGGAGAUGAAUGCUUCUUCUCUUUUGAACACAAACAUUUCGGCAACAGAAGGAAUUUCGAGGAUAGAAUUCACGAUGCUUGCCAGAUCUCUUAAAGGCUUCAUUCAGCAGUCAGACGAGCAAAGUUUACAGCUGACGUUUUCCGAUGUCCGCAAUCUUGUUAAGCAGAAGUACAUUCGCUCCUCCGCCUCCGACAUGUCAGUUCGCAUACAUAGAGUACUUGCAGCUUAUUACAAACGAAGGUCAUUCGAUAGCACUUGGAGGCAGGGUGAUUCCAAGGCUUUGUCUGAAGUUAUCCAUCACAUGGCUGCUGGAGGACUUUGGCAGGAUCUGGAAGACACAUUAUGUUCAUUGUCGUUUAUCUAUGCAAAGUUUCAAGCUGGGCUGGGGAACCAGCUUCUUGAGGACUUUUUGGCUAAUGUUGAUGAUCUGUCACCUCAGCUAAACCGACAACGUCAGAGCUUCAUUGAAAACCCCAGAGUAAAGAAUUAUCAAGCAUUUGUUGGUAGGAACAUGCAUAUACUGAACCGGUAUCCAGUUCUUGUGGUUCAACAAGCGUUGAACGAUUCUGCAUCUGAGCAGCUAAACCAGGAUGCUGUGCAGUACUCAAAGGAGCAAAAUGUUUUCCAAUGGCUGAACAAACCAGCCAAACCAACACCUUUGAAGCGAACAAUGAAUUUCAACGAGGCCGUCCUCUCAACGGAUAUAUCACCGGAUGGCAGCACACUUGUGUGUGGCACAACAGAUGGGACAGUUCAUAUGUUUGACAUCGCCACUGGAAAUGACAUUGGAAGAUUCAUAGGGCACGCAGACAGCAUAACGUCAUGCUGCUUCGUUGGACCGAAAAGGCUCGUGAGUGCGUCAAUGGAUUGCACGUUGUCUGUAUGGAAUGUAUCAGGAGGACACAGAGUUCAGCGCUUGUUGGGCCACAGACGACCAGUUACGUGCUGUGUACCUGUACCCACAAAACAGCAAAUCAUCUCUGUUUCAUUUGACUGUCAAGCUAUAGUCUGGAAUAUACAGGACGGAAAAAAGGUCCUGGAUUUCAAAUCUGGAACCCGACCGUACAACAGCGUUGCAUGUGAUCCAGCGGGUCGUCUUGUCGCUCUCGGUGGCUGGGAUUGCGUCAUAAAGCUCUGGGAUUUGUUGACCAACAAACGACAAGGGCUGUUGAAAGGCCACGAGAGCUCUGUCCGUGCAGUUACGUUUUCUCCAUCUGGAAAGCAUCUAAUUUCAUCUGCUCUACUGGGAGAGGUUUUCCUUUGGGCAGUGACGUCUGGGACAAGGGUAGGGAAAUUCUCCAUCGGCUCAUUGGCAAUCAAUAGCAUUUGCUAUACUGCAACUGGUUUACAGAUGAUUGGAGCUUGCGCGGACAGCUCAGUCAAGGUAUGGUCUGGUUCAUUAGGUCAACCAUGUGGCACAUAUAGCGAAGCAGCUGGUGCCGAAGAUGACUGGGCUUUGGCUGUUGUCAUUGAUGCCAUUGGCAUGUACAUCCACGUUGGUUACAAUUCUGGUAAACUCGCAUCAUUUCGAUACAGCGAUGGAAGCGUACUGAGGGAAUACAAUCUCCACAAGUCGUCGAUUCGAAGUCUGUGUGUGUCUCAAAAUAGUGAAUACCUCGUUUCUGCAUCUGAUGAUCGUACAGCGAAAAUUGUGAAACUCAAGGAUUCCAGUAUAACCACCUUGGAAGGCCACACGGAAGGAGUCCGUUGCGUGAGAAUGACUGCUUCUCAGGUUGCCACAGGCUCAGAAGAUUACACCAUAAUGCUCUGGGACAUCCUAUUUUUGGAAGAGAACUCAAAUCCCAAACCGUCAGCAACCCUGCGUCAUCAUACUGGCUACGUCACGUGUUGUGACUUCUCACCUUGUGAAACGAAAUUGGUUUCAGGCUCAACUGAUAAGUCUAUUGUCAUAUGGGAUGUUGUGAACAAAGCACCACUUCAUGUGCUGAACGAGUGUCAUCGCGAUUGGGUAAAUGCAUGUGCUUGGUCAGAUGUUGGAGAUUUCGUGGUAACAGGCUCAAAUGACUUUACUUUGAAAUUAUGGGAUGCCAAAACAGGAACACAAAAAUAUGAGUUUCUUGGGAACACAAGUGCUGUCAAUGAUGUUGCAUAUAAGUUUGGUUGCGUGGUAUCUACGUCUUUUGACGGCUCUUUGAAAGUUUGGACUCAUAAGGGAGUGGAGAUCACCACGCUACAAGCACAUAGCGAACGGGCAAAUGGGCUUUGCCUGUGGAAACAAGGGGAUGAAAGUAUUGACCACUGGGAGCUUGAUGACACCAGUGAAAUGUCGACAAACCAGCUGAUCAAAAACAAGCAGCCAAAAUUGGAACAGGUAGAAAUCGUGACGACAAGUGACGAUGGGACUGCAAAGAAAUGGAAGCCGUUCGUGCCUCAUUUCAUUGAGAAUCUGAAUGGUCAUACAGAUGUAGUAUCCAGUGUUGUUGUUAGCCCCAAUGGGAAUGAUGUGUUCAGCGGUAGCUAUGACAAGUCAAUCAAUUGCUGGGACCAGUCGAUGUUCGAAGCUAGAGAUCGUACUCACUCAACUGAAGUCAAAUGCAUUAGAAUAUCCGAAAGUGGAAAGUAUGCUGCAUCAUGUGGAAGGGAUGGCUUUGUCGGUGUUUGGAGCCUCUCUCCCCACAGUCAGCUGUCAACUUUUCAGGCGAGUACAAAGAGUGUUAAUGCUGCGUGUUUCAUUAGCGAUGAGCGAUUUGUCACAGGGGAUGACCUUGCUUGCCUCUGUUUUUGGACCCUGAGUGGCCAGUUGGUCGACACGAUGGACAUUUCAUCUGAUGGCCACUCGUACCCAAUCACUUGUAUCAAUCGCCAGGGGAAUUUACUUGCCAUUGCUGCUUACAGCCUUUUUGUAGUUUGUUGGAUGGAUGACGAUGAUGCCAGGAAAUGGGCGCGUACUUCUAUAAUGACAGACAAUUUCAUUUCCAAUGCGCUGAAUGAGCCUUGGAUAAUGGAUUUAGAAGUUAUGAAAGGUGGAAAGACAGUUUUGGCAGCCAUCACAGAUGACCAUAUCUGCAGUCUAAACAUUUUCGAAAAGAAAAGAAAAGAUUCGGCUUGGAAAUCUCUCAUAGAGGUCUCGCUAGAUUCAAUCAACAGAGCAGAAUCAUCCAUUCGCUAUUCACCUGAAGGUGAACGUCUAGACCUGGAGAAAGAUGACAAGAUAACCAUCUACGCAGCUAGACUGUUUGAUUGUUCUGGCAAAGGAUGCAAAUUAUUUGCAACUUCAGAAGGAUGUAUAGGAUUUGUCAUUAAUCCCGAUCUAGAGGAGCCAGUUCUAAAGGUACAUGAGAGUGCAGUCACGGGUAUAGCAAUUGUUGACAAAUUGUUAAUAACUGCAUCUUCGGAUACCACUAUCAAGAUAUGGGAUUUGACUGCUUUGCACGAAAUCAUAGCCGCAAGUAGUGACGUCACAAGCCCGGCAUUCAAUCAAAGACUGGUGGAGUUUGUAGAGGCGGGCGGAGUAAAACAGAUUGGCUUGUUUUUCUGUCGAGGGCCCAUCACGACUCUAGAUGCAAAAUCAGUUAACGGAGAUUGCAUCAUAUUUGCUGGAGACAAGACUGGGAAUGUAGAAAUGCUGAAAUUUUUAAGAUAACUACUUUGAAAUGUUCAUUCCAAAAUUACUGAUGACAGACUUGGAAACAUUAGGAAAUAAUGUACAUUUAUGUCACUGCACGUCUUAUUAAUUUGAAUCGUUUGCAUAGAUUAAACAUAAUUUAUUAACAUUGAUUUAGGAUAUGGGCAAUAGUAUAUUAUAUCGAUACUCUAAAUUUGCACAUUGUUUUGGUCCUAGGGUUAGGAUUCGAUUGGACAGAUUAAACUUGGCAUUGUUUCCAUAACAUAACCAGUAAAGGGGCAAUGUAUACGACAAAACCCGUUAUGUACCAAAGUCUGGUCUGCUCAGAUUCUUGCAAAAUGGGUUCCAUUUGAUGUGUAAUAUGAAGGCUCGUAACAUAAAGGAAUAAAGCAAUUUCAAAUUAUGUGCUUUUCGUAAAACUAGGUUCAUACGCUGGAAGUUUCUGUGAUCCAAAAUCAAGCAGUUUGUUUAGAUUUUUUUUAAAUAUAUCUAUAACCCAAUAGAUUAUAAUCUAUCUAUAACCCUCCAGAGUAAUAAUUUGAAAAUUCUAUCGGCCUAUAUACCCUAGAUAAACUUUUAUAAUAAUUAGGUUUUAUAAUCAACAACAGAAAUUUGAAUUUAACCAGACAUAUAAUGAAUCCAUUUUUUAUUAAAAAAUCUUUUGAAUUACACUUUGGUUUUUAUUUUUAUUUUGUGUUUAAUUGCACCUGUAGAGCCAAAGACGGAAGUAUGAAGAACCUAAA